GGGAGUGUCCCGUCGCAACGACUGUUAGCAAGUUCGCGUGUUGGCAGGUGGCGGGGCGCUGAGGCAGCCGCUGAGGGUCUUGUUGGCGGCCACGCGGGAUCAGUGUUCAAGAUAGCCUUGGCCUGGACCUCUCCACCCCAGCGCGGCUGCGGUAAGGGGAGCUUUUUGCGGACCCCCGACCACGCGUGAGCCCGGGUUGGAGCCGAACGCGCCCCCCGCCCCCAGCCGACUCCUCUGCGUUUGCUUCGUGACCGUUCAGGGGCCUAGAGGGAAAGGACCUAGAGUGAUUAUUACAAUGGAAGAAAUCAAUAAUUUCAAGACACCAAGCAAAUUAUCUGAAAAAAAGAAAUCUGCACUAUGUUCAACUCCAUGUAUAAAUAUUCCUGCCUCUCCAUUUAUGCAGAAGCUUGGCUUUGGUACUGGAGUAAAUGUCUACCUUAUGAAAAGAUCUCCAAGAGGUUUGUCUCAUUCUCCUUGGGCUGUGAAAAAGAUUAACCCUAGAUGUAAUGAUCAUUAUCAAAGUAUGUAUCAAAAGAGGCUAAUAGAUGAAGCUAAGAUUUUGAAAAACCUCCAUCAUCCAAACAUUGUAGGUUAUCGUGCUUUCACUGAAGCCAGUGACGGUAGUCUGUGUCUUGCUAUGGAAUAUGGAGGGGAAAAGUCUUUAAAUGACUUAAUAGAAGAACGAAAUAAAGACAGCCAAGAUCCUUUUCCAGCAGCCAUAAUUUUAAAAGUUGCUUUGAACAUGGCAAAAGGGUUAAAGUAUCUACACCAAGAAAAGAAACUGCUUCAUGGAGACAUAAAGUCCUCAAAUGUUGUAAUUAAAGGUGAUUUUGAAACAAUUAAAAUCUGUGAUGUAGGAGUCUCUCUACCACUGGAUGAAAAUAUGACUGUGACUGACCCCGAGGCCUGUUACAUUGGCACCGAGCCUUGGAAACCCAAGGAAGCUUUGGAAGAGAAUGGUAUUAUUACUGACAAGGCAGACAUAUUUGCCUUUGGCCUGACUCUGUGGGAAAUGAUGACUUUAUCUAUUCCACACAUUAAUCUUCCAGAUGAUGAUGAUGAUGAUGAAGAUAAAACUUUUGAUGAAAGUGACUUUGAUGAUGAAGCCUACUAUGCAGCUUUGGGGACGAGGCCACCCGUUAAUAUGGAAGAGCUGGAUGAAACGUACCAGAAAGUAAUUGAACUCUUCUCCGUAUGCACUAAUGAAGACCCUAAGGAUCGCCCUUCUGCCGCACACAUCGUGGAAGCUUUGGAAAUGGAUGUCCAGUGAUCACCUCAUAUUCAUGACUGAUGAGCUUUCCAGAUGGCUCAUGUGUAUAACUGUUCUGUUUACUGUAAUACAUUAUAUAGUUACUGUGGUAAUCCAUAGUUAUUAGACUUUUUGGAAGUGGCCUUAGGACCGUAGCACCUAGUUAACACUUGAACAGUUACAGUAUUUCUUAACAUGCUUAUGAUGAUAAGCAUUUGAGAUUGUAGUAGGUUUUCUAGAAAGUUUAAGAAACUAGCUACUCAAAUAUUUGGAUUUGUACAUACAUACAGAUUUAAAACACUAGCAGUAAUAAAAUGCUGUAAACUGUAUGUCUAACAUUGAUUUGGAGUGACCAUCACUUUUAUUAAUGUUUCUCACAUAUUCUUUAUUUUUAAUGGAUCUGUUGAAAGCACUUUGCGCAGUACAACUUAAGUCUACUUUUGCUUAUCUUUUAAACCAUUAACCUUUUUGCUGGCCUUUUUGGGCUGAUGUGCUCCUUAUUAAAUAUGGUCACUGGAAGCCAAGAGAAAUGGCUCAAAAGACUAGCUCCUUGGGUAUUUCCAGACGUUUUUGGUUAAGGCUUGUUUUGUGCUCUUGGGUCUCCCCCGAUCUUUGGCUUUUGCUUUAUUUAUUAAAUGUAUUUUCUGUAUUGAGAUCCCUUUUUUAUUUUUUGUUUAAUAAUCUAUACCUUAAGCAUAUCACAGUUCUGGUGUAAAAAUAAUAAAACUCUAAUAGAAUGAUAUAGAAUAAAGGAGACUGUAGUUACCAGAA